AUGUCAAGAAGCUCCUCUCGAAUCUUCUGCCUCAGCUGUUCCGCUGUUCCAAGUGUACUCCGAAGAUCUUAUUCAAUCACUUCCACAACCACAAUGUCCUCCAAGGUCUCCGCAUCUGUUGCCAAGGCACACGACUUCAUCGAUUUCCUUAAUGCCUCCCCUACCCCUUACCAUGCUGUUCAUUCCGCUAUCCAGCGCCUCCUUCAAGCUGGGUUCGAAGAGAUCAAGGAGCGGGAUAGCUGGUCUUCCACUCUUAAGCCCGGCGGCAAAUACUACCUCACACGAAACGGAUCAUCAAUAGUUGCAUUUGGCAUUGGCAAAAACUGGAAGUCUGGCAAUCCAAUUGCCAUGAUUGGAGCGCACACAGAUUCUCCUUGCCUCCGCAUUAAGCCUGUGAGCAAGAAGACCGGGGCUGGGUUCAUACAAGUCGGAGUAGAGACAUAUGGUGGGGGGAUUUGGCAUACAUGGUUUGAUCGAGAUCUGAGCAUUGCAGGAAGAGCUAUGGUUAAGGAUGGCAAGGGUAAUUACGUCCAGAAGCUUGUGAAAGUGGACAGGCCCAUUCUUCGGAUCCCUACGCUAGCCAUCCAUCUCGAUCGGUCUUCCGUCUUCGACCCUAACAAGGAGACUGAGCUGUUCCCAAUUGCAGGCCUCGUGGCGGCUGAACUCAACAGAACGGGCGCGAAAGAGGCUGUUGAUGAAAAGACAUCAGAUAGCGAGCAGGAAUUCCGGCCCCUCGAGGCCCUUUCAGAUCGUCAUCACCCAUAUGUUGUUGAACUUAUCGCGGAACAUGCAGGAGUUGAUGUUGAAGAUGUUGUCGAUUUCGAGGCGGUGCUAUAUGACACCCAAAAAUCCUGCAUCGGAGGAAUGAACAACGAAUUGAUAUUCUCUGCUCGACUAGACAAUCUAGGGAUGACAUACUGUGCUGUCGAAGGUCUCAUCGAGUCCCUCUCCUCUCCGACAGCCCUUGAAGGCGAAUCAUCUAUCCGUCUCAUUACGUGCUUUGAUCAUGAAGAAAUUGGUAGUACAUCAGCGCAUGGUGCCGCUUCUAAUUUACUUCCAGCAGUACUUCGAAGACUAGCGGUACUUCCAGCGCACCACGACUCAGGUUCGGAUGCGUCUUACGAAAAGAUUUCCAGAGAAGCAGAUAUUGACGUUGCUACUGCUUACGAGCAAAGCCUCGCAACCUCAUUCCUCAUUUCCGCUGAUAUGGCACACUCGGUGAACCCAAAUUACACCCAAAAAUAUGAACCAGACCAUCGACCAGAGAUGAAUAAAGGGACCGUAAUCAAGAUCAAUGCGAAUCAGCGCUAUGCAACAAACUCUCCGGGGAUUGUCCUUCUCCAGGAAGUUGCCCGCAGAGCGAAGCCGAGUGAGGACUCUACGACUUCGAACGGCGUACCACUUCAGUUAUUUGUCGUGCGCAACGAUUCUUCAUGCGGCAGCACAAUCGGCCCCAUGCUGUCCGCAGCUCUAGGUACAAGAACGUUAGAUCUGGGAAAUCCACAGCUUUCUAUGCACAGCAUUCGAGAAUGUGCUGGCGUAUAUGAUGUCGAACAUGGAAUCAGAUUAUUCGAAUCCUUCUUUCAGAAUUUCUCCGAGCUAGAGGCUAAAAUUCUAGUCGACUAG